UAUAACAUUGAUUUUUGUACGCUUAUCAAAGCAUAUAUAAACCUUUCGAUGCGCUGUGCCACACCACAUUGCAAACAUGUUCAAAACAAGUGCACUCGUUAUUUUGUUAGUUGGUGUUUGCCACGCCCAACCAACACGUAUCGUUGGUGGUGAAGAUGCCGACAUCAGGGAUAUCCCAUGGCAGGUAUCUUUACAAUACAGUGAUGGCUUCCACUUCUGCGGCGGGUCCAUCCUCAGCAGCAAAUGGGUCCUCACCGCUGGUCAUUGCAUGAACAGCGACCCAAACCCCUCAGAUAAACGCGUCGUUGUUGGCAUGACUAAAAAAUCCGAAGGUGGUGUUGUCCACACCAUCAAGCGUUCAAUCCAACAUCCCCAGUACAACACCGUGGUUUCCUACAGUCACGAUAUGACCCUUCUUGAAUUGAAUGACCCAAUUGAAUUCAACGAACGGGCUCAACCCGUGCGCCUGCCUACUGAUGACGAAACUCUUCCCGUUGGUAAGAUUGCUCUUAUUCAGGGAUGGGGCCGUCUUUGGCAAGAUGGUGACUCACCUGAUCAACUCCAAAAGACCACUUUGCCCAUCUGGGACCCGAAAGAUUGUGCUAAUGCCUGGGGUUUCCCUGAAAAUGUGUUUGUUGGACCUGAUGCGCCUUUGAUCUGCGCUGCAUGGGAAGGUGCAAUGCCCAACACCUGCAAUGGUGAUUCCGGUGGUCCACUUACCUACAAUGGUAUUCAGUAUGGUAUUGUGUCCUUUGGAAUGGGUUGCGUUAAUCCUGAUUAUCCUAAGGUGUUCACUCACGUGUACAACUUGAGGAACUUCAUUUAUGAUAAUACUGAUUUGUAAAUAUUGUAAAUUAGGUUAGGAUUCAAUAAUAAAACAACGCCAUUUUGUUUUUAAA